GGGGAGGUGGUCGACACAGGGGAGAACGCUGUUCCCGAAACGAUGUCGGGAAACAGGGAACAGGGCUGAACACCUAGCGUUUCCAUGAGAUGUGGGAAAGGAAGCCCGGCGACCCCAGGACUGAGGUCCCGGCUGACAUUUCCAGAAUAUGUGGCAAGACUGUAAACCUCACCAAUGACAACAACUUCAGCCGUAUCCAGCAUGCUCCACGGCCACAGCCCGGUGUCCCAGGCCCUGUUGGGGACCUUCUUCACCUGGGGGUUGACAGCAGCCGGGGCGGCCCUCGUGUUCGUCUUCUCUAGCGGACAGAGGCGGAUCUUAGAUGGAAGCCUUGGCUUUGCUGCAGGGGUCAUGCUGGCGGCUUCCUACUGGUCCCUCCUGGCCCCGGCAGUGGAGAUGGCCACGUCCUCUGGUGGCUUUGGUUCCUUGGCCUUUCUCCCCGUGGCUGUCGGCUUCACCCUUGGAGCAGCGUUCGUCUACCUAGCCGACCUCCUGAUGCCUCACUGGGGUGCAGCGGAAGACCCGCAGACGGCCCUGGCACUGAAUCUGGACCCCCUGAUGACGAAGAAGUCCGACGCGGAGGGUGCCAGGAUGCUCUUCCCUGAGAGCGAACUUUCCAUCCGGAUAGGUAGAGCGGGGCUUCUCUCAGACAAGAGUGAGAAUGGCGAGGCGUAUCAGAGGAAGAGGGCCGUGGCCGCCGACCUCGCGGAGGGCCCCGCCGCCCCCGGGCCGCCUCGGGGCAGCACGGCGCAGCCCGGCGGCAGCAGCUGGCGGCGGAUCGCGCUGCUCAUCCUGGCCAUCACCAUCCACAAUAUCCCAGAGGGUCUUGCGGUUGGAGUUGGAUUUGGGGCCGUAGGAAAGACGGCGUCGGCCACCUUUGAGAGUGCCAGGAAUUUAGCCCUUGGAAUUGGGAUUCAGAACUUCCCGGAGGGCCUCGCCGUCAGCCUGCCCUUGCGAGGGGCUGGAUUCUCCACCUGGAGAGCCUUCUGGUACGGGCAGCUCAGCGGCAUGGUGGAGCCUCUGGCCGGGGUCUUCGGCGCCUUCGCGGUGGUGCUGGCCGAGCCCAUCCUGCCCUACGCGCUGGCCUUUGCGGCUGGCGCCAUGGUCUACGUGAUUAUGGAUGACAUCAUCCCCGAGGCCCAGAUCAGCUUGUGUUUCUUCCAGUCCAGCGUUUCUCAUGAUGUACUCUGCAUAGAAGUUAAAUAAGCAGGGUGACCAGCAUGUGGUAACGGGAAACUGGCGUCCUGGGCCUCCAUCCUGGGCUUCGUGGUGAUGAUGUCAUUGGACGUUGGUCUGGGCUAGUGCUGAGACGCUCCGGACCCAGGAAAGGCAGCGCGAGGAGACGGCCACCGUUGGCUUCGGCAGGACCAGCCUCUUUCUUCACAUGCAAACGUUUUCCUUCCUCUCCUUUUUCAUCUCAUUACCUUGAUUGACUCUGAUUAAAAUAUGACACUUUUUAGAUUUCUUUUGAGGGAGAUAGUGAUUUUAUUUGGAAUUUCAAGCAGGCCCAGAACUACAGAUUUGUGCUUGGCCACUAUGUAGAAUCUUUCUUCAGUGGGAUGACCAAGGACACGCAGAUCAGGGAAAUCUUUUGUACCUUCAGUCGCCCUCCCUAGACUCAACGGAAGUUCCUCAAGGUCACCUCCAGAAGCAAGAGAGAAGUCUCCCAAGCAUCUGACUCAGAAAGGCCAGGAGACAGCUCUUAUCCAUCCUUCCUGCUCUUUUAUCGCUGAUCCUCUGUCCAUCAAGACUGGAACAGGAGCAUCAUAGACAAAGCAACCCAGGGAGGAAUUUACCUUCCUCUUCCUCCCCCACGGGGGAUGCUGCACGGAAGGAGGCACAGAUGAAAGGAAGAAAAUCAGCUGGUCUUUUCUUUUUCUCUUUUUCUGAAGGCAGAGAUUGGCACUGUCAAAGGUAAGGGAAUCAGGACAACUGUGGAUGCGCAGUGAGCCCUGUGAACCGAAGACAGAGAGGCGCUUUGAUUAGAGACCUCAGCUCUCUCUAGAUUCCAAGAGCAACUCAUUCUGCCAUGGUCUCCAAGUCCCCCAGACGUGUUUUUAUAAACUUACAGCCUUCAUUUUUCUAAGAGCCUUGGGGAUACCAGAAAACUGCUAGAACUCAACCUCUUCAUUUACUUAUGGAGGGAGUCACUGAAGCUCACCUAAGUGAAUACAAGACUAGGAAUCUGCACUGGGUCUUCCUCCUUUGACUAUUUGGUAACUUGUAACCUCACCCAGACCUCCUAAGCUGUUUUACUGGAUUUUGGUCAGAAAACUCAGGAUGAGACAGGAAGAAGGGUAGAAUAACAAGAGGUAUUUUUUUACAUUUCCCCUUUAAAGUAAAUUUUAGCCAAGUCAUCAUUCUAAAAUGACCCCUAAAGAAUGAGAUUUGAAUGAGACUUGAAGCCAGUCUGCUCCCUAAUCUAUACACACAGCUUCUCCUGCAGGGGUGGCGUAUCUUGUCUACUUCAAACGUAGCCGAGGCCUGCUGUUCUCGCUGGUCAAAGGCACACGGGACCUUGAGUGGGUUCUGCUGAUGAGGCAGGCAACCCAAGAGCCAGGUGUUAAGGCGUUGUGUGAUCAAGGCCCACCCCAGGUUGACAUGUCUCAUCGCUUCCAAGGGUGGAUACACUGUUCUGGGAAUGCCCUGUGCUGCAUCUAUGUACCUUCUUCCAGAGCACUGAUGAUCAACAUUAAAGACACGUUCAGAAGUUUGAUUGGUGGAGAUUCAUUGGUUUGGUGGUUGGCAUAUGGGUGUUUUUAUGUCUUUGUAACAGAGUUCUACAUAAUGCAGACUUCUUUCUGAUGGACAAGACCUCAUAACUGUGAUUAAUACCAAUAAAGGGGAUAUUGUUGUGGA